UGGCUCUAAGGAGGCUUAAUUAUUACGAUCGCACUUUUUCUGGCUUAUGGAAGUUCAGAGACGAGCGACACCCGAUUGAUGUUAAGCUUAUCAUUGAGGAAAGUACACACCAGGCUGGGGCGUACGAAGAGAAACUAGGCAAGCGACAUGUUUCAUACAUCAAUGGCGCUCUCAAUGAACUAGGCAAGCAUCGUUAUAUUCGGAAGAGGACUGACCCCAAUGCUAAGACGGCGUACGUCACCAUUCAGGACAGCCUAAGACCGAUGCUCAGAUCUGUCGACCGAGUGGUACAAGACCCCGCGCACAGCGGCCUGUCGCCAUUCGACCAACACCGAGCCAUUUGCAAGCAUCUGCGUCUGCGCCUGCACAAGGUUUAUCAGAAGCGGACCACAAAAGCCCAGGAUGCUGAAUUAGCUCUGGACGUGCGUGAUGAGAACGACGACCUCAAAGAUGCGAUAAGAGAACACGAGAAGAAGUGCUCGCUCGGGUUUGGAAUGCUUUCUGGUGAAGUUGAGGUGGAGGACGAAGAAGAGGAUGCUAUGGAGAUCGACGACCAGUUUGUUGAAGGCUCGUCUGCUGGUCCUCAAGUUCCGCCCAGCACGCCGCCCCGUCAAUCUCCACCACCGCUGAGCAACAACACGACCGUCAUUUAUCCAACUCCCCGAUCGCCUUCAAGAGCAUCCUCCUCUGGAAACUCAAUCUACCAGACUCCAACUCGUGGCCCUACUCCUGGGCCUUCCAGGUUCUCUGGUGCUUUUGAGUUCAAUGGCAUACAGGAGGAAGAUCACAUGGCGCCUAUCGUUGCGCGGCCACUGCCUCAAACACCCAUACGCCGCUCCGAGUCGUUAAACAACCCUGCUGCGUACCCCAGCCCUCAGUCUCUGCCUCGUCGGCCCACUCCUCCAAGGACCUCGCCGCCGCCGACUCCUGAGAGCCCAACACAACGAUCUUCUUCAGAAGCUGAAGCUGGGCCUUCAGGUACCCAAGAUGACGAUGAUGAUUUUGCGAUGGAUAUCGACGACAGCACGCCUGUGAAUCACGACGCUAAGCAAUGGGGAUAUUGGAAAGCUAUGUGGUCCUAUUCCGACAAGAAGUUCCAGAAAGAAGUGACCGCGCACCAAGCCACAAAGACGCUAUUUGGCAAGGCGAAGGACGCAGUAGUUUACUACAAGGGGCUAGCGGCGUCGUACGCUGAUAGCGCGAUGGAACGGGCUCUUGCGUUGAAGGAGAAGGCGAUGGAUAGCCCACCAGGCCUGGAUCUCGACUUCGACGUAUGAA